AAAAAUUUUAUCUUAAAUAUUAAUAAGCUAAUAAAGCAGAUAUAUAUAAAAAUUACUUAUAAGAGAAAUAUAAUAAUAAGGAAUAAUAAAACUAUUAAGAACCUUUAA